AUGCAGGUUCGGCAGCUGGUUCGGGGUACGGGCAGCGAGGCGACCGCGAGCGCGUGGAACGGAUCGCGAACGCGAUGGGCGGCCGGCACGGCGGACGGCGCGCUGCAGAUCUGGGAGCGCUGCGACGACGGCGCGGAGCGCGGACCGCUGAGCCUUUCCGCGAGCUGGCAGCUGGGGGGAAGCGGCGGAGGGGAAAAAACAGCAGCAGCAGCAGCGCACGUGGUUUGGGCGCCACAGGAGUUCGGGGGAAAGCUGGCUCAUUUGGGCAUCAAAACCCUCUACCCGCGGGUCGCCCUCCUUUUCCCUUCCCCCUUCUCCCCCGCUUGCCCCCAGCAGCAGCAGCAGCGCACGUGGUGUGGGCGCCACAGGAGUUCGGGGGAAAGCUGGCUGUGGCGUGCAGGGGGAAUGCACCUUCUGUGGGCCCUGCAGCAGCUUGGAACAAUGCCCUCUUCCCGCCCUUUCCAUUUUCACCCUUCCCCACUUGCCCCAGCAGCAGCAGCAGCAGCAGCAGCAGCGCACGUGGUGUGGGCGCCGCAGGAGUUCGGGGGAAAGGUGGCUGUGGCGUGCAGGGGGAGCAGCCGCGUGCACAUCUGGGGGGAGGUUGGGGGCGCGGGGGACGGGGAGGAUGGGCGGAACAGGGCCAGGGGGGGAAACGGGGGGGAUGGGGGGAGUGGAGGGAGUGGGGGCGGCAGGGAAGAGCGGAAUGGGGAGGAGAGGAAUAGAGAAGGCGGGCAAGACACUGAAAUGGGAGGAGGAGGAGGGGGCGGAAGGGGAGGAGGGGCCGAAGCUGACCAAUCAGGAGCAGGUGGAGGUAACCGGUGGAGGCAGGUGGCAGUGGUGGAUGUGGGAAACAUGCUGCUGAAUUCUCUGAAUGGGGCUGCUACUAAUGGUAGUGCUGCUGCAGCUGCUCCCAGUGCUGCUGCUGCUGUGUUGGCUCUGGCGUUUGCACGCAGCACUUUCACCGACCCUCUGCUGCUGGUGGCAGUGACAUCGGAAGGGAGAAUGGUGGUGCAUCGCUGCAACGACUGCCUCGCCCUCUCUCAUUGGUUGCUUGAGGCUGACGUGGCACUGUUUCCAUACGCUGACGUCAGCAUGGGCAAGGAGCUGCUGUCGCGUGCGAUCAUAGCCGUCCAUCCGUCCACGCGUGCGUUCGGCCAAUCACCAGCUGUAGCCAUUGCCACGUGUGCAGCAGCAGGCAGCAGCAGCAGCAAGGGUGACAGCAACACUGCUAAGGUGUGGGUGCGCAGCGAUCGCUACAUGCACUGGCAUGCCAUAGCAGACCUCCUACCAGCCACCUCUGCUACCACAGUGGCCAAUCAAUCGUUGCCACCUGUCACGAGCAUCGCUUGGGCGCCCACCCUAGACAGGCAUGCCUCUCCUUGCCCUGUACGACUGUAG